GUAGAACCCACACACAGAGUCAAUUACUGUUCACUCUCUCUUUCCCCCAAGUCAGCUUCACUUCUCCCUCACUCACUCUCUCUCAUAUAACACACACGCACACAAUCACGCACAUGCAGGGCACUUCCGAUCCAUCGAGCCCAGCAAAUCCCGACCUGACGACGUUGAACAUGAAGUCCAAAACGACGCCGUCGGGCUCGGACGAUCCCCGACCCUCACACUUCCCCGCCAGCCGCCGCCUCUCGCCAUCUCAUUCCUUCCAUAUCACCUCUUCCCUAUCCUCCUCCGACGCCACGUCAGCUUCCGACGGCGGAUACAACAGCAGCAGAGACGCUUUGAGCUUCAAUUUAUCGGAUCGGAGCCUUUACUCCACUCGUCGGAGCGCCUCCUUCAAAUCCCCUUCUUCUUUUUCUGCUUCCUUCUCCAAAUCUCAAAAGCCGCCGUCUCAAUCGGCAGCUAGAAGCACCUCCACGCCGGCUAAUUUGAGCAGGGACACGGUGGACUCGUCUCGAGGGUUAGGUUCGCCGAUCAAUAAGCCCAAGCUGAGAAACGAAAAGGAUUUGAAGGCGCUGUCUCUCCAAGCCUCGUCUGGGUUGGUUCCGGCAUCGUCUGUGGUUUCUGCGCCUCACGAUUCAACUAAUUCGUGCAGUGUUUGGAGGAUUUUGUCCUUCAGAUAUUCUUGGAUGCUCAGUUUUUUCUGCUUCAUUUCACUUUCUUAUGCCAUGUUCUUGCGGAUUGAAGUCGCAAGGCUGCAGGUAUGUGCUAAGCCUAAAUAAAUUGCCUACAUUAUACUUGCAACCUAGAAUGAUAAACAUUAGAAUGUUAAUACGACUCUAAUUCACAAAGACAUGUUUCUUCUAGGAUCUCCUUUUACUUCUUUAGAACUGCUCCUAAAGGCAGGUGGUUUGAUUUUUGGACUAAUCAGAUCUUGAUACUACAGAAAGUCAAAUAACGAAUAAAUCAAAAUGACAGAGUGAACAUACCAUUUCAUCAAUAUCUGAUGGAGAAGCUGAUAUUAUUGCAGGAAGAGAACACCUACCUCCGUACAUUUUGCAGUCCUGAAAAUGUUAUUGAUAGCAAGGGCAUUGGAAGUUUGGAACUUGAAAAUGAUCGUUCAGCUUUGUAUUUAGGGAAUACCGACACUAGAGCAAUAGCUCUAUACACAGUUAUUGUUACACUCCUAACACCAUUUGUAAUGUAUAAAUAUCUCAAUUAUCUUCCACGAGUCAUAACACUUUUAAAGAGGGAAAAGGACGGAAAAGAAGAGGUUCCCCUGAAGAAGAGAAUUGCCUAUAUGGUGGACGUUUGUUUCUCUGUCUAUCCUUACGCAAAGCUGCUUGCACUUCUCUUUGCCACUCUGUUUGUCAUUGGGUUUGGAGGCGUGGCACUGUAUGGUGUUAGUGAUAGCAGCUUAUCUGAAGCUCUUUGGCUUUCUUGGACCUUUGUAGCAGAUUCAGGAAGUCAUGCUGAUAGGGUUGGAAUUGGGCCACGGAUUGUUUCAGUUUCUAUAAGCUCAGGAGGCAUGCUAAUAUUUGCCAUGAUGCUGGGGCUUGUUUCAGAUGCUAUUUCAGAGAAGGUGGACUCAUUGCGUAAGGGAAAGAGUGAGGUCAUUGAAAGUAACCAUAUUCUCAUUCUCGGAUGGAGUGACAAGUUGGGUUCACUUUUGAAGCAGUUAGCAAUAGCGAACAAAAGCAUUGGCGGUGGUGUUAUUGUUGUACUUGCAGAAAGGGACAAGGAGGAAAUGGAGAUGGAUAUUGCAAAGCUUGAAUUCAACUUGAUGGGAACAUCAGUUAUCUGCAGAAGUGGUAGCCCUCUUAUACUUGCCGACUUAAAAAAGGUCUCUGUCUCUAAGGCACGCGCAAUCAUAGUAUUAGCUUCUGAUGAGAAUGCUGAUCAGAGCGAUGCGCGGGCUCUAAGGGUUGUGCUUAGUUUAACUGGAGUAAAAGAAAGCCUGAGGGGCCAUGUUGUUGUAGAAAUGAGUGAUCUUGACAAUGAACCCUUGGUGAAGCUUGUUGGAGGAGAACUCAUCGAGACAGUAGUUGCUCAUGAUGUGAUUGGACGACUUAUGAUACAAUGUGCUCUCCAGCCUGGCCUUGCACAGAUAUGGGAAGACAUUCUGGGUUUUGAAAAUGCAGAGUUCUAUAUCAAAAGAUGGCCUGAAUUGGAUGGAUGUUGUUUUGAGGAUGUUCUCAUCUCUUUCCCCGAUGCAAUUCCUUGUGGAGUUAAAAUAUCUGCAGAGGGUGGAAAGAUCAGAAUAAAUCCAGAUGAUGACUAUGUUAUACGAGAAGGCGACGAAAUCCUUGUAAUAGCUGAGGAUGAUGACACAUAUGCCCCUGCUCCCUUACCAAAGUAUUUGGUGCAGAUACGGAAGGGCCUAACUCCUAGAAUAACCAAUCCUCCAAAAUUUCCAGAAAAGAUUCUAUUUUGCGGUUGGCGGCGUGACAUUCAGGAUAUGAUAAUGGUAUUGGAAGCAUUUUUGGCUCCGGGAUCAGAAUUAUGGAUGUUCAAUGAGGUACCUGAAAAGGACAGAGAAAAGAAGUUGACUGAUGGUGGACUUGACAUUUCAGGAUUGGUAAACUUGAAACUAGUCCAUCGCGAAGGGAAUGCUGUCAUCCGAAGACAUUUGGAGAGCCUUCCACUUGAGACAUUUGAUUCUGUAAAUGAAUCCGUGGAAGACUCUAUUGUUCACUCUGAUUCACGAUCUCUUGCCACUCUCCUUCUUAUAAGAGACAUACAGUCAAAGCGGCUUCCUUCAAGAGAAGCUAAGUCCCCUUCUCUAAGGCAUUCCGUUUUUUCCCAAAGUUCAUGGAUUCGGGAAAUGCAGCAAGCUUCAGACAAGUCCAUAAUUAUAAGCGAGAUAUUGGAUUCUAGAACCAGAAAUCUCGUGUCUGUGACUAGGAUUAGCGAUUACGUACUAUCAAAUGAGCUGGUAAGCAUGGCUCUAGCCAUGGUGGCAGAGGACAAACAAAUCAAUCGUGUGUUAGAAGAACUGUUUGCAGAAAAGGGAAAUGAGAUGUGCAUAAAGCCGGGAGAAUUUUAUCUAUAUGACCAGGAAGAAAUCAGUUUCUUUGAGAUAAUGGUUAGAGGGCGCCAAAGAGAGGAGAUUGUGAUAGGAUACCGACUGGCGACAGACGAGCGUGCAGUGAUUAACCCCGUGAACAAGUUAAUGCCUCGUAAAUGGUCUAUUGACGAUGUUUUUGUAGUCAUUUCCAAAGGUGAAUGACUAAUAAUAUCUACCUGGCAGUUGGCAAUUCCUCAUCUUUUGAAGACCCUGAAGCAAGAUCUCGAUUUAAUGUGUUCGAAAUGGAAAUACGGAUAAAAACCAUGAGGGCACUUAAAGGCCAGAGUUGAAGAUGACGGCAUGUAGGAGAUGUGAAAGCUGAGAUCUACUGACUUGAAGCUUAUGUGUAGGUUUAAUAACUCAGUGUAAAAGAUAUUUUUACUAGACGAGCUAAGAACACGUCUGCAGAGAAGCUCACUCUCUCUCACCUAGGACACUAACAUUUGAGGAUUGGAGGUUCAACAUGCCAAUUUUCUCCAAUAAUCCAUGUACGUUGGUUUUUUGAAAUGUAGGAAUGUGAAACAAUUUUGCUGCCAUUUAUAUGUGCCUGUUAUUUUGAAAUUUUAAGUUAGGGAAUAUUGACCUAAGAUUAUUUGGAUAUA